GAUCAGUAGAUGAGUGGAAGCAUUUGGUGAUUGACAGGGAUUAAUGGAUUAUUAACAAAGCGUCUGCUGUCAAAGCCUCCAUCAUCAACAUUGAUUUGUGUUUAGUUGUUUUUUUAUGCUGGUAUCUGUACUGGUGUCUUUGUCUCACUGUCAGUUAGCUGAUGAAGGAACAGAAAAAGUUUGAGAUCCAGCAACAUGAUGUUCAGAGUCUUCAGCAGCAGAAGAGUUGCAUCGAGGUGACCACUGUGUUUGGAGCAGAAAACAGGAGAUGUAAACAAUCAACCUUCAUUUAACCUUUCCUCUAACUAUGCCUCCAAUUAUAUUUCCUUUUUGCUAAUUUUCCCACAAAUAUGAACAUUCCUUUGUCUUCCAUCCUCCUCGUGAUUUUUUCCAUUAAUUUCUCUGGGUGGCUGCUCCUGCCUGUGGGAAGCUCACAUGUGUGCCCACACCAGUGCAUUUGCUAUGAGCACGCUGACCUGGUGGACUGCCGCAAUGGCAAAUUUGAACAUGUACCCAGGGGCCUCCCUCAUGGUACGUGGCUGCUGAAGCUUGGAGGAAACAAUCUGAGCAUCAUAGAAACCCGAACCUUUAUUGGACUGUGGUCCCUGAGGGUGCUGGUGCUGACCAACAGUCACAUCAAAGAAAUACAAGCACAGGCUUUUUUUUCUUUAUCCUUCCUUGAAAAGUUGGAUCUCAGUUGGAAUCAGAUAACGACUCUCCCUGUGGACUUCUCCUCCAGCUUGUCUGCUCUGAAGGAGCUCCGACUGGAACACAACAAUUUAAAUUAUAUAUCUGGAUUCAGCUUGGAACACUUGGACAACAUGGAAAAGUUGGACCUCAGUUAUAACCAGCUGGUGUCUGUUGGCCCUGGUGUGUUCAGGGGCCUCUCUAGGCUGAGACAGCUCUUUCUACACAACAACAGACUGACAGUGGUGGAGCAAGGCAGCCUUGAUAUGCUGCCUGGACUUGAGGUGCUGCAGCUGAGUAACAACAACAUCUCCCAGAUAGACUGUGACGCUCUGGCUCCUCUCUAUAGUCUGGCGAUUCUUAAUCUGGAAGGAAACAACUUGCAUCACCUGAAGUUUAAGACCUUCAUCAGUCUUCAUACAACAGCAACACACAUUCAGCUUUCAGGCAACCCAUGGAGCUGCGACUGUGAGCUACAUCGUGUCUUCAGCAAGAUCUUGCAUGUCCGCUACCUCCAUAUUGAUGACUACCGAAAUGUGACCUGCAAGGACCCCCCACAGCUGGUGGGGGCUUCUCUGGCCUGGGUGGACAGUCAGCUCUGUGUUGCGGAAACGGCCACUGUCCUUGUCAUUACCGUCACGGUCCUGGUGACUGUGGUGGCAGCUGUGGUGAUGGCAGAGAGAAACAGGAAGAAAAGUCGUGGGAAGAACUGGGAUGCUGACUCACAAAGUCCCCCAUCUUAAAAAAAAAAGUUUUAUAACUCAUGUACAUUUUUUACCCUAUUUGCUUUUAGUGCAGAAAAAGAAGGCUGCAAAUAUAAAUCUGCUAAGACUUAUGAAGACUGACUUUGGACCUGCUGCAUUCCCUCCAGCAGUAGGACAAUACUGUCUCAGAUUUCUUUCUCAUUUUCAAAAUCAGAACAGGCAGCUGGUCAGGCCAUCACUGGUCCAUUUUUUUUUUACAAGAAGUCCAUUGCAGGGUAGUUUGAGAAAGACAGAAUGUCACUGGGGUCAAAUAGUCAGACUUGAUGUUGCAACUAUCUCUUUACUCAUUAAAUAUGUGCAUGUGCUUAAAGCAGUGUGAUGGGGCUUUAGGACCAAACACCCACCUACGCUACAAGAAAGCAAGUAAGACUCUAAUUAUUGAUUUGUAGGAUUUUCAGCUGUUUUGCCUAAUCACAGAAAACUUAGGUAUGCUGACAAGAAGCAGCUAGAAAUAUGUCUGUUCUAAUGGAUCAAUAAGGCAUGUGCUUGCAUCUCUAACUCAGCAUUUUCUAUAUGUCACUGUUUACAUCAGUAUUAUUAUUUUUUGUUUUAAUAAACAGGGUUAUUUUAUUUGAACAUUACAUUCAUUUUUUUAUGUAAAUAUACUAAAUUAAAAACCUGUUUACUUCUCAAUUGGACUUAGUUCCAGAGUUUGACUGAAGCUUUCUAAAUUAUGAUUAGUUACAAUUCUGUAAAAUAAAUAUUUUUUCGUUUGGGGUUUUUUCUGUCCAGUGGAUGUUGUAUUAAUGUUGUUUGUUCUAUAGAUAUAAAUUUACUGAUUUAAAGCAUUCUGUUGUAGUUUUAGCUGUAAUGUCUGUUUGUUCUGAUAGAAUGUAUCUGUGAACCAGUGUCAAGUCUUUUGAAAGUGUGACAGGUUUUCUUCCAGGACUGAACCCUAGUUUCAUCAUUCAUCAUUUUUCAUAAUUCAAUCAACUCUGAAUGAAUACUGAAUAAGUGAAUAUUUAUACAAUCACUUAUUUUAUGUUAUUUUUGAUUGUCAUCAGUUUUCACUUUAACAUAAAAAGCAGUUUUUGGUGCACUUUCUUUUCCAAAAAAGUGUAAGAGAACAUUUUACAGGCAUUAUAAGUAUGCACAACAUACUUUUUUUAAUUUAUAAAAAUAGUACAUCAUGUAUCAUUUUCUGCAUUGGUCUAUCAAAUUAAAUUCUAAAUAGCAAA